AGCUGUGGCUGUUUUGGGCUGGCCCUAGCUCUGUUGCUGGCCCUGGCAGGACCCGGCGAGACUCUGCAGAACGUCACUGCCCAGCUCUUCGGGCCAGAGGCCUACGGGACCCUGGCGGCAUUCGGCGACUUUAACUCAGACAAGCAGACGGACCUGUUUGUGCUGCGAGGCGGAAGUGAGUUGGUUAUCUUCUUGGCUGACCAAAAGGAGCCCUACUUUAAGCCCCGUGUUAAGUUACCAAUGAAAUCUGUCGGUGUUACCAUAACCAGCGUAGUUCCUGGAGAUUAUGAUGGUGAUUCACAAAUGGAUGUGCUCUUGACUACCCGGGCACAAAAUCAUGGCAGAGAUGAACUUUCAGUGUUUAUUUUCUGGGGGCACAACCAAACAUUAGAUCUUAACCAUAAAACUAUGUUAAAUAAGACUUUUCAUGAUGAGCCUCUAGUAAUGGACUUUAAUGGAGACUUGAUUCCUGAUGUCUUUGGUGUGACAAGCGAUUCAAGUAAGCCACAGAUACUGAUAGGCGGGAACUUAUCAUGGCAUGCUGCAUUGGAAACUCAAAGUAAAAUGUAUAUACCACACUCUCAUGCGUUUAUAGAUUUAAAUAGUGACUUCACUGCUGAUUUGUUCCUUACUACAUUACCAAAUUCAGAAAACAUUCAGUUUGAGACAUGGGUAAAUAAGGAUGGGAACUUCUCUAAAGCUGAAAAAAUUCAGAAAAUGCCUAGUGGUGUGAAAGUUGUUGGACAGUCCGUGUUUGCAGAUUUUGAUGGAGACGGACAAAGUGAACAUUUAUUACCAGUCUGUGAAGAUACAACAUGUCAAAAAAGUGCCAUCUACUUAACUAAGCUAGGAAUGGAUCAGUGGAUUCCAGUCUUGCAAGACUUCAGAAAUAAAGAGACACUCUGGGGCUUCGUACCAUAUCAAAGUGACAAAUCUUCAACAGAAACUUCAUUUCCAAUUACACUUCAUAUUGGAGAUUACAAUAUGGAUGGCUACCCAGAUGCUCUUGCUAUACUAAAGAACACAUCUGGAAGCAAUCAACAGGCAUUUUUACUAGAAAAUGUCCCAUGCAAUAACAUAAGCUGCAAGAGUGUACAUCGCAUGUUUAAAGUUUUUUGGGAGCUCUCGGAUCUAAAUCAAAUCAAGGAUGCGGUGGUAGCAACCUUCUUCGACAUAUACGAGGAUGGGAUUUUGGAUAUCAUUGUGCUAAGCAAAGGCUACUCCAACAGGGACUUUGCUAUCCAUACGUUAAAAAAUAACUUUGAAGCAGAUGCCUAUUUUGUUAAAGUUAUUGUUCUCAGUGGCCUCUGUUCUAAUGACUGUCCUCGGAAAAUAACACCUUUCGGUGUUAAUCAGCCUGGUCCUUACAUCAUGUACACUACUGUAGAUGCAAAUGGAUACCUGAAAAAUGGGUCAGCUGGACAGCUUAGCCAAUCAGCGCAUUAUGCUCUGCAGCUUCCAUACAACGUACUAGGCUUGGGACGUAGUGCUAAUUUCCUUGACCAUUUGUAUGUUGGCAUUCCUCGUCCUUUAGGAGAAAAGUCUCCAAGAAAACAAGAAUGGACGGCUAUCAUACCAAACUCCCAGCUUAUAGUUAUUCCCUAUCCUCAUAAUGUUCCUCGAAGCUGGAGUGCCAAGCUGUAUCUGACCCCAAGUAACAUUGUGCUGCUAACAGCUAUAGCCUUAAUUGGUGUCUGUGUUUUCAUCCUGGCUAUAAUUGGCAUAUUACACUGGCAAGAAAAGAAAGCAGAUGACAGAGAGAAGCGACAGGAGGCUCAUCGGUUCCAUUUUGAUGCUAUGUGACAUGCCUUAGUAUUUAUGAAGGAGCUGCUACUCAUUUGCUCAAUUGAAAUACUAAAUUCUGGUUUGUAAAAUAAUUACUGUGCAAGUACUGCUGGUAUGCUAUUUGUAAAUGUUGCAUUAUUUGGUAUUUAUUUGGAAAGUAUUAAAAUCAGACCUGAAUGUCUCACGAGGCUUUUCAGUUAACAGACUGUAUAUAAUAGCAUUUCAUCUUUAUUUAACAGAACUAUGAUUUUAUUUUUCUUAGUAAAGUGAUCAGAUUGCAUGUAUCAUUAUUUAUGUACCACCCGUUCUUUAGUAGUAUUUGAUAGAAAGAAAUCUGUCUAAAUAAAGUUUAGUGUUUCAGUGAGCAGAA